GCCUGACGCGCCGCGCCCCGGCGGCUCUAGGGACCCCCCGCGCCUGCACUGUCCUCGCGCAGACGAGUAGGGGGCGCCCGCGCCUUUGACCCCCGUGAGCACCCCCGCCCCGCUCACCUUAGCCCCGCGCCUGAGGUUUUGGAAAUCCCUUGUCUCCAGGUUGCUGGAAUUGACUUCUUGCUCAACUGAAUCACUCACUUGAUGAAGACAAAGAGAACUAAUGCUUUGUGCUGACUCAUCUCUGAAUCCAAGCACUGGGGAGUCUGUCUGCCUGGUUUGUGGAAAGAUCCAGUGAUUGUUUUUAUCACUAAGCUUCCUGAGACUUCUGAAGAUAAGAAGUCAGAGGAAUAUACACUUUCUUUUGAAUUUUCAUAACAUACUUGCUCUAGUUUUGAAGCCUCGGGCUGCUGGGCGUGUGAGUGACAAGUCUUUACAAGUGGCCUUAUUCCAACUCCAGAGAUUCCUCACCCAGAUUCUAAUUUUAUAUACAAUCCUCAAGAGACAGGAAACAUGCCAACUCAAUCCCUCUUGAUGUAUAUGGAUGGACCAGAAGUUAUUGGCAAUUCUCUUGGCACCCAAAUGGAGAUCGAUGAUGCCAUGACAAUAAAAGGGACCGCUGCUGUUCCUUUCAGAGCCACACAGGAGAAAAACAUAAUCCAAAUAGAAGGGUAUAUGCCCUUGGACUGCAUGUUUUGCAGUCAGACCUUCACACAUUCGGAAGACCUCAAUAAACACGUCUUAAUGCAACAUCGGCCUAUCCUCUGUGAGCCCGCCGUUCUGCGUGUUGAAGCAGAGUAUCUGAGUCCUCUUGAUAAAGUUCAGGUGAGAACAGAACCUCCAAAGGAUAAGAAUUGCAAGGAAAAUGAAGAACUUUGCUGUGAAGUGUGUGGGCAGACGUUUCGAGCCGCCUUCGACGUUGAGAUCCACAUGAAGAAACACAAGGACUCUUUCACUUACGGGUGUAAUGUGUGUGGCAGAAGAUUCAAGGAGCCCUGGUUUCUGAAGAAUCACAUGCGAACGCACACUGGCAAAUCGGGGGCCAAGAGCAGACCACAGCCAGGCCUGGAGAGCCCGGUGACCAUCAACGAGGUGGUGCAGGAGCACGCGGCUGAGAGCGUCUCAUCUCCUUACAAGAUCUGCAUGGUUUGUGGCUUUCUGUUUCCAAAUAAAGAAAGUCUCAUUGAUCACAGGAAGAUGCACACCAAAGACACUGCUUCCGGUACCCGCAGCUCACAGACAGACACGCAGCAGGAGGGAAUGCCGUCUCCGGGGGAAGAGUUGCUGCAGUUCUUAAACCUAAGACCCAGGUCUCACCCUGAGGUCGCGAAGAAGCCGGCCAAAUGGAUACCUCAGCUGGACCCGUUCACCACCUACCAAGCCUGGCAGCUGGCCACCAAAGGGAAGGUCGCUGUGUGCCGAGAGGUGAAGGAGCAGCCGGGCCAGGAGGGGAGCACCGACAACGAUGAGUCCUGUUCAGACAAAGAAGAGCUGGGGGAAAUUUGGAACACGAAUAAAAGCCAUCCCGAAGGUUCCGGAAAGUCCAAGACAAGUAAAAGCGGUUGUCCAGGUCUCUCACAAGAUAAGGAGAAGCCCAGACACCCCGCCGGUGAAGUGCCUUCCGUGGACGCAGACCCCAAGUUAGCCAGUAACAAAGAGAAGCCGACGCAUUGCUCCGAGUGUGGCAAAGCCUUCAGAACCUACCACCAGCUGGUCCUGCACUCCCGGGUGCACAAGAAGGACCGUAGGGCUGAUGCCGAGUCGCCGCCCAUGUCAGUGGAUGGCAGGCAGCCGAGCACCUGUUCUCCGGACCUGCCCCCGACCCUGGAGGAGAACGGAGCCAUCGAUCGAGAAGGUGGCUCUGAAGACGGGUCCGAGGAUGGGCUUCCAGAAGGGCUCCACCUGGAUAAAAAUGAUGAUGGAGGAAAAAUAAAGCAUCUUACAUCCUCAAGAGAAUGUAGUUAUUGUGGGAAGUUUUUCCGUUCAAAUUAUUACCUCAAUAUUCAUCUCAGAACACAUACAGGUGAAAAACCAUACAAAUGUGAAUUUUGUGACUAUGCUGCAGCCCAGAAGACCUCUCUGCGGUAUCACCUGGAGAGACAUCACAAGGACAAGCAGACCGAUGCUGCUGCUGAAGUCAGGAACGAGGGGAAAAACCAGGAGACGGAAGAUGCACUUCUAACCACUGACAGUGCGCAAACCAAAAAUCAGAAAAGAUGUUUUGAUGGUGCCAAAGAUGUUAAAGGCAGCUCACCUGCAAAGCAACUGAAGGGGAUGGCCCCUGCCUUUCAGAACAUUCUGGGCAGUGCUGUCCUCUUAGCAGUACACAAAGAUACUCAGGAUUUCAGUAAAAACGCAGCUGAUGACAGUGCCGAUAAACUGAGCAAAACUCCUGCCCCUGCUUAUUUGGACGUGUUAAAAAAGAGACCAGCAGUUGAACCUCAGGCACACAACCUCACCUGCAGAACAGAAGUGGACGUGGCCCCUCACCCAGACGGCCGGGUGGCCCAUCACGUCCAGGUCGGCCACAGAGAGAAGAAAGCGGAGGUCGAUGCCAACUGUCAGGAGAAGCCCUUAAACUUAUCCCUCGGGGCUUCCCACUGCUGCCCGGCAGCUUCUUUGGGUAAAAGUGUGACCACGAGUACCACCUGCCCGUUCUGCACCUUCAAGACAUUUUAUCCAGAGGUUCUAACGAUGCACCAGAGACUGGAGCAUAAGUACAACCCAGAUAGCCACAGAAACUGUCGGAACAAGUCUCUGCUUCGAAGUCGACGGACCGGAUGCCCCCCAGCUUUACUGGGGAAAGAUGUGCCUCCCCUCUCGAAUCCCUACAAGCCCAAGCCCAGGCCCGCCUUCCCAGCGCAGCCCAGACCCCUGCCGUCCGAGAAAGCGAAGCCCACCCCCCCGGGGCCCGGCAAAGCCCCUCUGACUUCAGGGAUCGACUCCAGCACUUUAGCCCCCAGCAACCUGAAGUCCCACCGGCCGCCGCAGAGCCUCGGGGGGCUGGGGGCCGCGGCCCGGCAGCCGCCUUCCGAGAUGUUCGCCAAAGCCAGCGCGACCCCGGCCGCGGAUAAAGCCAAGCGGCUGGAGCCCAAGCCCAAGCCUCAGCCUCCUGCCGGGGCCCCGGCCCAGCCCGCCCCAGGCGGCGCCCUCAAUGGCUGCAGUGACCACACCCCCAGGAAUGACGGCCUCUGGGCGCCACCGGCCCGGGACUACUUCUGCGGCCGCGGCGCCGAGCCGGACGAGCCGCUCCCCAAGCGGCCAAGGGUCGGGGCCCCGGCCCGCGAUGGGGACCAACCCGGCCCCCACUACCGGCGUCCCUUCGACCUCCCCAAGUUCCAUGUGGUGCACGGCCUCACGUCGCUGCUGCCCCCCGAGUGCGCGUGCCCUCCGCCCACUGCGCUGCCUGCGCGGCCCCGCUUCUUGGCCACCGGCGAGGCGGAUGCGGCCGUGCUGCCCGCGCAGAAGCCCUUCGCUGCGGCUGGAGCCCUGUUCCCCUGCGGCCCUGCGGGCCCCGCGGCCGGGUCGGCGCUGGAAGGAAAAAGGCCUGUGUCCUAUCAACACUUAUCUAGCAGCAUGCUACAGAAGAGGAACUAUGAGAAUUUUAUUGGGAACGCACAUUAUCGACCAAAUGACAAAAAAACUUGAUUCCCUAUUUUGGGGAUGAAAGGUCUUGAUGGAUAUAAAUGUGUACUCUCCAUGAAAUUGAAUUAGUUCAUCUUCUGAAAAAGCAGAUGGUGAAAGCUACUGAAAUAAGCUGUGAUUGUACUGUACAUAUAUAAAGAACACUACGGUUUUGUAAAGUUGUUCUGUUAACUUUUGUACCAAAUAGCAAUAAAAACUAUAGUUGGAACAGUUGGGUUGUACACAAAUGGAGACCGGACAUCUCUGUUUUGCCCUGAAUAAUAUUUUUUUUAGAAUUGACCAAAUAAGAAGUGGAGUUUUUUUGCAUACUUGAGCGCUGCUGAAAAGAAAUCAUUUGGGCUGGGGGGUGGGAUGGGGAGAAAGUAUAUAACGCUUGCACCUCAGGUAAAACUGUAAAUAUAUGUUGUAAACCUGCUUGUUUAAAACUGUGUGUAUUCUUUUCUCUAAUGUUGCUCAUCACUUGGAGCAUGUUUCUGCUACUUGUCCUCUUUCAUUUAAAAUGUAUGUUUUUUAAAAAAUUUCUCAAUGAUUUGUAUUAUGUUAAAUCCUCCGCAGUCUGUUGUCUUAACAGAAUUGUUAACAGAAGCAUUGACCCCCUAUGAAUAUGUGCUGCAUGUACGGAGAUCAGCCAUUCUGAAUUUGGUGCCCUUUUACUGCAAAUUUCGGUAUGUCAUCUGAGAAAGACCCAGAUCCACAGUCCUUUUCUGAGGGAAUGGCAUGGUUUGUGGGAUUUUUAAGUGUGUGUAUCUACAGGGAAACAUUUCCUCUGUAGGCCAGCCACACAUUCAAUAAGCGUACCAAAUCGUAUGUGGAGUUACUGAAAUUUGUUUUCUAUCAAAUUAAUCAUUUUUGUUGGACAAUUCCUGGGUUUUUCUGGCAUUUGCCUAAAUUCAUAUAUAAAAAUAUAAACACUAAAUUGUACAUGUGAAUUAUAUAUAUAUUGGAAACAAUUUUAAAAGAAAUGAAAGUUUUGGGGUAAUUUUAGGUUUGCAUUUGGAAGUCUUGGUGUGUCUGGCAUUUGGGUUAACUGUGGACACACUCAGGUUAAUUACAGACACGUGGAUUUUGCAGGAGUGCGUGCUGGCUGAGUUUUCUGGUACUCAGGGGAGAGGUAAUCUGUUUUGAGACCUCAGUUGUCUUCCCAUUUUUGGUUGUUUUGAAGCAGCAGCGUUUUUCUCAGUGUACAUGCAAUUUGGGUUUUAAUGAGAGGCUAGCCACCAGCUGGCUUACUAGAUGUUUUAAACUUCUAUUCUCUUAAUCCGCUGUCCCAUGGCUGAGUGUAUUCUGCAGUACCUGGGUUUAGCGACCACAAAAUUCUUCAUUAACAAAACUGUUUCAAAAGUAAAUUUGCACUGUUAAUUUUUCUUGCCCUGCCCUUCUCCAUUAGAGCAAGGGUAAUGUCCUCAAAGAAUCCUGAUGUUUUUUUGUUUGUUUUCAUUAUGCAACAUGACACCUACUCGAUAGAAAAGUCUUAACUCCCAGGUGAAAAGGGAGACCUGGUUUGAGAUCAGUCUGCUGGCAUCGUGAUGAAGUGCUUUGUAUCAGGAAAGUGUACACUAUUUACCUUUCUUCCUGUUCACAAGCUGAGCCAUAUGUACAUAAUCUAGAUUUUUGUUUUCAUAGUUUUGCACUUUUAUAGCCUACUUUUGAAGAUUAACACAUUUGCAAGAUGAUUGACCUGAUCCUUACCUAAUCCAAUGAGUGUUACAGAAAGCUUGCUGUGAUGAUAAAUAUAAAUCCUAAAAGGGGAUACAUGAUAAUAGAGGGCUGAAAUUUAAAUCUGUAUUUAAAAAAAAAAAAAAUCACCAAAUCUAUUUGAAAACAAGUCAGUUCGUGUUAUGCUGAAAUUUUGGGGGGCUUUCAGAUUUCUCCUUCUUAACCACAUUUCUGAGUGCAUAAAAAUAUCAGUUUUUUUUCUUUCCACAGCCCUUGUACUCCAAAAUGUGUUUUUUUUUUUUUUUUUUGUCCAUCAGUAUUAACUAUUGGGAUACUACUGGUUUUGUGUUUUUUUUUUUUCUUUGAGACAACAGUACAUAUAAUAGAGGUACAAUCUGUUGGAUUUUUGUUUAUGUAUUUAUUUCAUUCCAGUUUGAUUUAUUUUAAUUGUUGAUACUUAAGUUGUCAAACCAUAGACAUUACUUGUUUUAUUUAUGAUAUAUUUCAGCUUAAAGUAUGUUAUUAUAUGUGGAUGUAAAUAUAGAU